CUGUGCUCACUGUACAAGCGGCCAAAAGGCUGAAGCUUCGGGACGAAUAAAAAUUGCACGGCCUACCACACAUCUCCUAGAAGCUUGAAAGAGUUGCAGAGAGAGAAGACAUGGGAAAAAUUACACGCAUCUCCUAGAGGCUUGAACUUUACUAUCAUUGAAAAAUUACACGCAUAUCACACAUCUCGGAAAAGCUCGGGCUCAAAUCCUUGUAAACCGGCCGAAGAAGGAGGAGUUGCAGAGAGGAAGAAGACAUGGGAGAGGUGAUGGUGGAAGAGUAUCCAUUUGUCCAUGUGGUUACCACCGUGCCCAGCCCCAUUCAGGAGGUGGUGCCAAAACCACAGGAGGAUUGGCUCCCGGUCUCCGACUCCAGGAAGGAGGUGCCAAGCCCACAAGAAGGAUGGCUCCCUAUCACCGAGUCCAGAAAGGGCGGCGCCUUUACCUCUGCAUUUCAUUUGCUGGCCUCAGGGAUAGGGAUUCAGGCUUUUUUGCUUCCCGUAGCUUUUUCUAAGUUGGGAUGGUUCUGGGGAAUAGCAUGUUUGUUGUUGGCAUUUGCGUGGCAGCUCUACACCAAGUGGCUUCUUGUGCAGCUUCAUGAACCAGGUCCUGGAACCCGGUACAGCAGAUACCUUCAUCUCUCAGUUGUGGCCUUUGGUCCAAAGCUGGGGAAGUUGCUUGCUCUGUUCCCAGUGAUGUAUCUCUCUGGGGGUACCUGUGUGAUGCUGAUCAACUAUGGGGGCGGUAGCAUGGAGCUUCUCUUCAGAACUGUGUGUGGGGAUUCUUCAUGCAUUGCCAAUAAACUAACUGGGGCCGAGUGGUUCAUGGUGUUCACUUGCUUGGCAAUCAUCGUGGCUCAGCUCCCCAACUUGAACUCGAUGGCUGGUGUCUCACUCCUCGGCGCAGCCACUGCCAUCAGUUACUGUACUUUCCUUUGGAUUCUAUCCAUCACCAAGGGCAGGCCAGCUGGUGUGUCAUACAGCCCACCAGAGGCAGAAUCAAGGAUGGCAAGAAUUGGGGAAGUCUUGACUGCAAUUGGGAUGAUUGCUCUUGCAUUUAGAGGUCACAAUGUUGUCCUUGAGAUACAGGGGACAAUGCCUUCAAAUCCAAAACAUCCAUCACAAGAGCCAAUGUGGAGAGGAGUGAUUGUUUCAUGUUCCAUAACCGCUGCAUGUUUGUUUCCACUGGCAAUAGCCGGAUACUGGGCUUAUGGAAACAGGAUACCUGCAAAUGGAGGGUUGUUAAGUGCAUUUUCAGAGUUCCAUGGACAAAACACCAAAAAGCUAGUGAUGAGGAUGAUAUACCUGCUGAUAGUGGUGAACAGCUUGUGUUCAUACCAAAUCUAUGCCAUGCCAGUUUUCGACAACUUGGAGUUCAGGUACAUCAGCAAGAAGAAUAAGCCAUGCUCACGUUGGGUCCGUGCAGCAAUCAGGGUGUUCUUUGGUGGACUGACAACUUUCAUAGCAGUAGCAGUUUCAUUCUUGGGAAGCUUAGGUCCUCUAAUUGGAGGGAUCGCAUUGCCUCUGACACUUGCUUAUCCAUGUUUCAUGUGGAUCGCCAUCAAGAAACCCCGUCAGUAUGGUGCCAUGUGGUAUCUCAAUUUGGGACUUGGCUGUUCAGGCAUUAUACUCAGUGUCCUGUUAGUUGCUGCAGCAGUAUGGAAGAUAGUGGACAAAGGCAUAGAUGCCAGUUUCUUCAACACUCACUUAUCACCUCUAUUGAAGCCCCCACAGUCAUAACACAGAUGGAAAGCGCAUACCUUGAGUACAGUUCUGGCUCUUACAAUAAUGAAGAUGAAAUCUGAGGAAAGAAAACCAAGAAGAUUUCCAUUCAAGAGGAAAGAAGUGCACCUGGCUAGCCAAUGAGAGAAAAGAGCAUACCAAGGUGACAAUGAUAGUUUCAAACAUGGAUCAAAUCACAUAAAAUGCAGUUUUAUACAGAUAAUUUCAAUGGCUUCAUUGCUUUAGCAGUGUAUAAACUCAACCCAAAUGUGUUAUCUGAGAUUUGUUUCACAUAAAUGGAUGACUUAUAAAUAUACUCAAGCAAGAUAA